UAAUGCUUUUAGGGGGAAUUCUAAUACUGGAAAUAGAUCAAACAUGUUUUGUGAAUAUUGCAAACGAUCUGGACAUGUCAAAGACAGGUGCUACAAACUCCAUGGUUACCCAACCAAUAUAAGAAAUCCAAGAGGAAGAGGCAAAGGAUCUGCAGCAAAUGUACACACUUCUGAAGGUGAUAGUAGUCAGUGUGAAGAGAAUUUUGAGCAGGGAAAACAAGUACCAGUGAAUUUGUCAAAGGGCCAAUAUGAACAAUUACUCAAUCUACUUGGAACCUUGCAUGUUGGGAAUGAAUCUGACUACUCAAACAAUAUGGCCAAUGGAGCUGCAAGCCUAGCAGGGCCCUUCUCUGAAGAGCCCUCUGGCACUUGGUAA